UCUCUCUCUCGCUCCUCUCCUCCACGGCGCUCUCUCUCUCUCUCUCGCUCCUCUCCUCCCUGGCGCUCCCUCUCUCUCGCUCGCUCCUCUCCUCCACGGCGCUCUCUCUCUCUCUUUCUCUCUCGCGGGUGAGGCACAGAUUCCAGGGGUCAGGGCGGUGGGGCGCGGUAUGGAAUGGAACCUGAGCAGGAUGGACAGUGAGCUGAGACAGAUAAACCCGGACCUGCUGCAGCCCAGCAAGAGCUUCAAGAAGCUGUCGUCGGGCACCGUGGCGCUGAACGUGGGGGGGUACCUGUAUGCCGCGCAGCGCCAGACGCUGGUGCGCCACCCCGGCUCGCUGCUGGAGGAGCUGGCCAGCGGGAAGAAGCCCGUCCAGCACGUGGACGCCGCGGGAAACAUCUUCAUCGACCGCGACGGCCCCGUGUUCCGCCACGUCCUCAACUUCCUGCGCCUGGGCGAGCUGGUGCUGCCCGAGGACUUCAGGGAGGCGGAGCUGCUGCGGCGGGAGGCGGAGUUCUACCGGCUGGCGGACCUGGCGCAGGCGGCGCGGGAGUGGGAGCGGCGGAGGCGCGCCCGGCAGGAGCCCGCCUUCCUGGAGGUCACCGAAAACCACGAGCGCUCGCAGGGCCUGCGGCUGUACUGCAGCGACGCCACCUUCAUCGAAAAGGUGAAGGCCCGCCUGGUGCAGGUGUCCAAGAGCCGGCUGGACGGCUUCCCCGAGGAGUUCGAGGUCUCGUCCAACGUCAUCCAGUUCCGCCACUUCAUCAAGUCGGAGAUGGGCUCGCGGCUGGUGCUGAAGGAGGACAACACCUUCGUGUGCACGCUGGAGAGCCUGAAGCUGGAGACCGUGCUGCUGGCGCUGAGGGGGGGGUAUCGCCUGCUGACCAGCCUGGACAGCAACCGCGGCUCGGUGGUGCAGUGCGAGUCGCUGCACUUCGUCAAGUGAGAGGACGCUUUCCGGAGUCUGGCCACGCCCCCCCACCCCCCCACCGCACCCUCCCCCCCACGCCCGCCGCGGCCCGCCAAGAGGGCCCUCCUUUCUCUUCAAGCAAAGCACACCUUUCUAUUCACUGCUCCUUUUUUUAAUCGUUAUUCAACAAGCCGGUACGGUAUAAUCAAGUGCCGCCGUACGCGUGAAAUAUUGAGCGCUGUGUGUUCGUUUCCGCUGUGUUUGGAGUUUGUGCACCGCUCUGUCACAGCCGAGCUGCUUCCAGCACUUCCAGAAUGUGCUUUAGCGCAACAGGCUGCUGAGCGGCUCAGAUUUAUAGCCACAUAAACGCUGCCAUCGAGCCUCCUCUGCAUCCUAAUCAAGCAAAAGGAAUCUGUGCAGCGUCCAGUCACACAUCAUCACAACAGCACGCCAGACGCCCGACGCCGGCGGAGCAGGAGCAGCGUACGUCUCGCCUGUUAUUUAUAAAGCUGCAGAACACACGUGUGCCGAGCCAGAUGGCAUGUGAAAGGUGUAAGUGGGGAUUAAAAAGGUUACGUUUUUAAUAAUGCAUGCGUUAAAGUGAAUUAUUAAACUUGAAGCCAUCUUGUGAUUUGUACCUGAUUUGUAUGUGACCUAUGGCGUGUUGUUAUGAUCUGUGAUUGGGCUGUUCCAUGAAAUAAAAGCGACAAGCACCGGCCAUUUCUGCCGCAUUUGUUUUGAUCUGACAUAAAGUCUGCAGCUGUAGGCGAUGUUUGAGAAUGUGUAGCUGCCUGUUAGCGACGUGAUGCUGUUGAGCCUGUAAAACUGCUUUCACAACAGCUGUGAAUCCCACCAUAUCUGUGCGCCUGUCAAUCGCCUGCUGAAAUAACAGAGCUGGGCUUUCUCAAUGGAAGCACAUUCAAUCAGAGCGUGCGCUUUGUCAGAAGGUUCGUCAGAAGGUUUGUCAGACGGUUCAUCAGACGGUUCGUCAGACGGUUCGUCAGAAGGUUCGUCAGACGGUUCGUCAGAAGGUUCGUCAGACGGUUCGUGAGAAACGGGCUGAAUUGCAGCCGCGGACGCUGCUGUUGUUUACACUGCGCCGGUUUCUGUCCACAAGGGAACCGUGCAGUCCUGGCAGAGAGCAGCCCUGCAGGGCAGGAAUCAUUCUGAAAAUACAGCAGCGUGUGAAAUUUAGAGAAAGAUCUUUAGAGAAGAUGACCCUUUUGUCGUCUCUGUAUUGAAAUUUGGAUUUCCUGCAUUCAUGGCACACUGAGAGCUGCCCUUCUGGAAGCCCAGUGCUUUUCCCAUAUCAACUUGCAUAAUCAAUGGAUUUACUAACAUAACCUAUGUUACAGUAUCUAAUCAGGUUGUUAUCCACUUGAGGCAGUUCAGAGGACUCAAUGAUGAUGAUAAUGUGACAGUGACUGUGCCAGAUGUACACCUGUACCAUACACCUGUACCAUAUGUGCUAGUGAAUACACCUGUACCAUACACCUGUACCAUAUGUGCCAGUGCAUUCACCUGUACCAUAUGUGUAAGUGGGUACACCGGUACCAUAUGUGUAAGUGGGUACACCGGUACCAUACACCUAUACCAUAUGCUUUCCUUAGUGACAGUGAUAUUGGCUUCAGUGGAGUCUUGCUUGUGAACUCAGGAGACUUGUGAAAGAUGAAAGCUAAGGCUCUUUUGCUAUGGCACAACACCUCCAUCCUUCAUUGAUAUUACUGUAAAAAAUAAUGUCAGUUGAGCCGUGCCUUUUUCAUACCAAUUUCAGUAAUGUUACAUAUACAUAGCGCAUACUGGACAUUCUCCCAUUUCAUUUAGAAGGCAUAUGAAUUUUCCAGUUUACUACUCAAAAUGCACUACUAUCCAUGUGCUUAUUUAUUGUGCAUUGAAUUCCUACAGUAUGUAUUUGUUUGUUUUUGGUGUUUUUUUCUGUUUCUCUCUUAAUGGUGGUCAGAUUUUAUUUACAUUUAUUUGUAAAAAGAAGGACUCAAGUGGAUUGAAUUACUUUGCCAUUCAUGUGUAUAAAUCUUUAUUGUGAAUUAAAUUACAACAGUGUACAUCCC